CUUCUCCGCCCGCGGCAGACGUCAACUCGUCAACUCGUCAACUCGAAAGGGCAAAAAUCCUUUGAUCCAACAAGUCGUCCAGCAAGGCCACGUCUCGGUCCCAACCAUUCACUGCAUACUCGUCUACCUAUGCACUUUUCCAUUUCUGGCCGCAUAUCAUCCAACCCUCUUGUCCGUAGCUAGCGUCUGCUCCGACGUUGAUUACUCUUCCACUUUCUGUAUACUCGAUCCACCUCCAACUUCCACCUUGCACCUUCCUCUCAUUAUUUGCUCCACGCCCUCAAUCGACCUUUCUCAUCCUCACCUCACACACAAGAACAGACUGUGGUUGCAACACCACAUCAACAUUAGCACAAUUCCUUCUCUCCUCUACCUGUGCUCUCAACGGCUCUUGCUCUGAUUCAUUUCAUCCAGCAAUUGGCCGUCAACCUCUAAACCUCUUUUCCUCCAUCCCACCCUCUAUUUUACUCUACCCAUCACCCUCCUCUCGCGCACUCCGUCAUCAUGCGUCCCGAAGUCGAGCAAGAGCUCGCACACACGCUCCUUGUUGAGCUUCUGGCAUAUCAAUUCGCCUCGCCAGUGAGGUGGAUUGAGACCCAAGAUGUCAUCUUGGAGACCAACAGAACUGAGAGGAUCGUGGAGAUUGGCCCUGCGGACACACUGGGUGGAAUGGCCAAACGAACACUGGCCUCGAAAUAUGAAGCAUACGACGCAGCUACAUCAGUCCAACGUCAAGUCCUAGCUUAUAACAAGGACCUGAAAGAGAUUUACUAUGACGUUGAUCCUGUGGAAGACGAGCCAGCCCCUGCUGCCGCCGCACCCGCUGCCGCCGCACCCUCCUCUUCACCUGCUGCCGCCCCUGCUGCAGCAGCUGCGGCACCUCCUCCAGCGGCUGCCAGCGCCGGUCCUGCUGCUGCUGUUGCAGAUGCUCCAGUUGGAGCAGUGGAUAUUCUGCGAGCUUUGGUUGCUCAGAAACUCAAGAAACCCCUCACCGAUAUCCCCUUGACGAAAGCCAUUAAAGAUCUUGUCGGUGGCAAGUCUACCCUUCAGAAUGAAAUCUUGGGAGACUUGGGUAAAGAAUUUGGAUCAACUCCGGAAAAGCCAGAAGACACCCCUCUGGACGAGCUCGGUGCGGCAAUGCAAUCUACAUUCAAUGGACAGCUUGGAAAACAGUCCCAAUCUCUGAUUGCUCGCUUGGUCUCCUCCAAAAUGCCUGGUGGCUUCAACAUCACCGCUGUUAGAAAACACCUUGAAACAUCAUUUGGUCUGGGUUCCGGUAGACAAGAUGGCGUUCUUCUCCUGGCCUUGACCAUGGAGCCUCCAGCCCGUCUGGGCUCCGAGACUGAUGCCAAGACCUACCUCGGAGAUGUCGCUCAGAAAUACGCAUCCAACGCUGGCAUCAGUCUCUCUUCCGCAGCUGCUGCUGGCGGCCCUGCUGCUGGCGCGGGUGCCGGCAUGAUGAUGGAUCCCGCGGCUAUCGAUGCCCUGACAAAAGAUCAGCGGGCCCUUUUCAAGCAACAACUUGAAUUGUUCGCUCGUUACCUCAAGAUGGAUCUUCGCUCUGGCGACAAGGCGUUCCUCGGCUCUCAGGAGAACAACAAAGCUCUCCAAGCUCAAUUGGAUCUAUGGAAUGUCGAGCAUGGCGAAUUUUACGCUGCUGGUAUCGAGCCCUCUUUCAGCACCCUGAAAGCACGUGUUUAUGAUUCCUCAUGGAACUGGGCUCGACAGGACGCUCUAAGCAUGUACUUUGACAUCAUCUUUGGUCGUCUCAAGGCCGUUGACCGGGAAAUCGUCUCGCAGUGCAUUCGCAUCAUGAAUCGAUCAAACCCAACCUUGAUUGAGUACAUGCAAUACCACAUCGACAACUGCCCAACCGAGCGCGGUGAAACCUAUAAGCUGGCCAAAGAGUUGGGCCAGCAGCUCAUCGAAAACUGCCAAGACGUUCUCAAUGAAGCCCCCGUCUACAAGGACGUUGCAGUUCCCACCGGACCUCAGACAACAGUCGACGCCCGCGGUAACCUGGAUUACCAAGAAGUUCCUCGGCAAAGUGCCCGGAAGUUGGAGCACUAUGUUCGCGAGAUGGCUGAUGGAGGCAAGAUCUCCGAAUACAGCAACCGCACAAAGGUUCAGAAUGACUUGCGUAAUGUGUACAAGCUCAUUCGCAAGCAGCACAAGCUUUCAAAGGCCUCUCAAUUGCAGUUCAACAGCCUCUACAAGGAUGUCAUUCGUGCUCUGGGCAUGAAUGAAUCUCAAAUCAUCCCACAAGAGAAUGGCGAUGUCAAGAAGCCUGGCAGAAAUGGCUCUCUCACCCGUGCCACCAUGAAUGGAACCACCAAACAAGGCAAGACCGAGACCAUCCCCUUCUUGCAUCUCAAGAAGAAGGAAGAACAUGGCUGGGAGUACAGCAAAAAGUUGACCGGCAUCUAUCUCCAGGGCCUUGAGGAUGCCGCCAAGUCUGGUCUGACUUUCCAGGGCAAAAUGGCACUCAUGACUGGUGCUGGCGCUGGAUCUAUCGGUGCUGAAGUUCUGCAAGGCCUCAUCAGUGGAGGUGCAAAGGUUGUCGUCACCACCAGCCGAUACUCGCGCGAAGUGACCGAGUAUUAUCAAUCCAUGUAUGCUCGCUUUGGUGCUCGAGGCGCCCAGCUUGUGGUCGUCCCCUUCAACCAAGGAAGUAAGCAAGAUGUCGAAGGGCUCAUCGACUACAUUUAUGACACCAAGAAAGGCUUGGGCUGGGAUCUCGAUUUCAUCGUACCCUUUGCUGCCAUUCCUGAAAAUGGUCGCGAAAUUGACAGCAUUGAUUCCAAGUCUGAGCUCGCUCACAGAAUCAUGCUGACCAACUUGAUCCGACUCCUUGGCAGUGUCAAGAGCAAGAAGUUUGAGGCAGGCUUUAACACCCGCCCUGCCCAAGUCAUGCUUCCUCUUUCUCCCAACCAUGGCACAUUCGGCAACGACGGUCUCUACUCCGAGUCUAAACUCGCAUUGGAGACCUUGUUCAACCGAUGGUCCUCUGAGAGCUGGGGUGACUAUCUCACAAUCUGUGGUGCUGUCAUUGGCUGGACUCGUGGCACCGGUCUCAUGAGUGGCAACAACAUUGUUGCGGAUGGAGUCGAGAAGUAUGGUGUCCGCACAUUCUCCCAGCAAGAAAUGGCCUUCAACCUGCUCGGCCUGAUGUCCCCCGCCAUUGUUGAUCUGUGCCAGAAUGAACCAGUCUUUGCCGACUUGAAUGGUGGACUCCAAUUCCUCCCUAACCUCAAAGAGCUCAUGAGUAAGCUCCGUGCUGAGGUCAUGGAGACUAGUGCCAUCAGACAGGCCGUCACCAAGGAGACUGCUCUCGAGAACAAGAUUGUCAACGGCGAGGACAGCCAGGCCUUGUACAAAAAAGUCACCAUUGAGCCACGUGCAAACAUUAAAUUCGACUUUCCAGAACUUCCAAAGUGGAAAGAAGACAUUGCUCCGCUCAAUGCUUCGCUCAAAGGCAUGGUUGACCUCGACAAGGUUGUGGUCGUCACCGGCUUUGCCGAAGUUGGUCCAUGGGGUAACUCUCGUACCCGGUGGGAAAUGGAGGCAUAUGGUGAAUUUUCGCUCGAGGGUUGUAUUGAGAUGGCAUGGAUGAUGGGCUUGAUCAAGAAUCACAAUGGGCCGCUCAAGGGCAAGUCCUAUUCCGGUUGGGUCGAUGCUAAGACUAGUGAGCCUGUUGACGACAAGGACGUCAAGUCCAAGUAUGAGAAGACCAUCCUCGAGCACUCCGGCAUUCGUCUGAUUGAGCCCGAACUGUUCAAUGGAUAUGACCCCAACAAGAAGCAACUUCUCCAGGAAAUCCAGAUCGAAGAAGAUCUCGACCAAUUUGAGGCUUCCAAGGAAACCGCCGAGGAGUUCAAGAGGGAACACGGCGAGAAGGCAGAAAUCUUUGAGCUCGAGUCAGGAGAGUACAGCGUACGUCUCAAGAAGGGCGCCACUCUACUUAUCCCCAAGGCUCUUCGCUUCGAUCGCCUGGUUGCUGGUCAAAUCCCGACGGGUUGGAACGCUAAGCAAUAUGGUAUCCCCGACGAUAUCAUCUCCCAAGUUGACCAGGUCACCCUGUUCGUGCUUGUGUGCACGGUUGAAGCUCUUCUGACUUCGGGUAUCACUGAUCCUUAUGAGUUCUACAAGUAUGUCCAUCUUUCAGAAGUCGGCAACUGUGUGGGCUCCGGCAUUGGUGGUACUACUGCUCUCCGUGGUAUGUACAAGGAUCGAUUCAUGGACAAGCCCGUCCAAAAAGACAUCCUGCAAGAAUCCUUCAUCAACACCAUGUCUGCUUGGGUCAACAUGUUGCUUCUGUCUUCAACUGGUCCUAUUAAGACCCCUGUGGGAGCAUGUGCGACCGCAGUUGAGUCGAUUGACAUUGGUUACGAGACUAUCGUCGAAGGCAAGGCACGCGUCUGCUUCGUUGGUGGAUUUGAUGAUUUCCAGGAAGAAGGGUCAUACGAAUUCGCCAAUAUGAAGGCAACCAGCAACGCAGAGGAUGAGUUUGCCCACGGACGUACCCCCAAGGAGAUGUCGCGACCAACUACCACCACCAGAAAUGGAUUCAUGGAAUCCCAAGGAUGUGGUAUGCAAGUGAUCAUGUCUGCUCGCCUGGCACUGGAUAUGGGAACACCUAUUUACGGUAUCCUGGGUCUCACCACCACUGCUACUGACAAGAUCGGACGAUCUGUGCCUGCUCCAGGUCAAGGUGUCUUGACGACUGCUCGAGAGAAUCCUGGUAAAUAUCCUUCUCCUCUGCUCGAUAUCAAGUAUCGCCGCAGACAGCUCGAUCUCCGCAGAAAGGCCAUCAAGAAUUGGCAAGAAUCGGAGUACAUGUAUCUGCAUGAAGAGGUUGCCGCCAUGAAGUCGCAGGCUGGAUUUGGUUUCAAUGAAACCGAGUACCUCCAGGAACGUGCCGCUCACAUUGAACGCGAGGCCAAGAGGCAAGAGAAGGAAGCACAGUUCAGUCUUGGCAACAACUUUUGGAAGCAAGACUCGACUAUUGCUCCUCUUCGAGGCGCCCUGGCCACAUGGGGUCUUACUGUUGACGAUCUCGAUGUUGCAUCCUUCCACGGCACGUCAACCGUUGCAAACGACAAGAACGAGUCAGAAGUGAUUUGCAAGCAGAUGGCUCAUCUUGGCCGCAAGAAGGGCAACGCGCUCCUCGGUAUCUUCCAGAAAUAUCUGACUGGUCACCCCAAGGGCGCUGCUGGAGCCUGGAUGUUCAACGGGUGCUUGCAGGUGCUCAACAGUGGCCUUGUGCCUGGAAACCGCAACGCAGACAACGUUGAUCAAGUGAUGGAGAAGUUUGACUACAUUGUCUAUCCGAGCCGAUCGCUGCAGACUGAUGGCAUCAAGGCCUUCUCGGUCACUUCAUUCGGCUUUGGUCAGAAGGGUGCCCAGGCUAUCGGUAUUCAUCCCAAGUAUCUGUAUGCCACCCUGGACGAAGCAGAGUUCCAACGGUAUAAGGCCAAGGUUGAGACCCGACAAAAGAAGGCAUACCGAUACUUCCAUAACGGCAUGAUCAGCAAUACUCUGUUUGUUGCCAAGUCCAAGGCACCAUAUCCCGAUGAGAUUAUGCAGAAGGUGUUCCUCAACCCUGACCAGCGAGUUUCGGCAGACAAGAAGUCUGGCGAGCUUGUUUACUCUCCAGCCCUGCCCAAGAAGACUCAGAGCGCAGCUGUGUUGGAGACCAAAGCAAUGUUGGAGUCAUUGACAAAGGCGACCGCGACUGAGGGAUCCAAGAUCGGGGUGGAUGUUGAGGACAUCCGAGCCAUCAACAUUGAGAACGAAACCUUUGUGCAAAGAAACUUUACGGACAAGGAGCGAGCAUACUGUGACAAGGCGGCAUCACCCCAGGCAUCGUACGCAGGACGAUGGAGUGCCAAAGAGGCUGUCUUCAAAUCCCUCGGUGUGUCCAGCAAAGGCGCUGGGGCACCUCUGUACGACAUUGAAAUCCUCAGCGAUGAGAAUGGAGCCCCUCAAGUCAAGCUCAAUGGGGCGGCGUUGGCAGCAGCCAAGGAAGCCGGGGUGCAGAAGGUCAACGUCAGUAUCAGCCACAGCGACAGUCAGGCGAUUGCGGUUGCAGUGUCGGCAUUCUGAUCCGAACAGGGGAGAUAGUGUACAAACCGGAGUUACAUGGGAUGAGGUGGGGUAUGAUUAAUCAAGACAUGGUUGAUAGGAGCGUCUCUCCUUUGUUGGUAUUACUGGGCCGUUUUGUGUGUCCAAGGGUUGAUCAGCUGUGGUGUCGCUGUUGAGGAGCAGUUGACCUGUAGCCGUGAUUUCUGACAUUAGUGCAUUAAAACACCAUAGAUUUACCCUGGCUGUUUAUAGUAAUGGAUAUUUGUAUCAAGUCA